GGUUGGGCGCCGACGUCUCCGUCAGUGCCAAAGACAGCAAGUGGGCUGACGGAGCCGCGAUCGAAUACGUCCACCCGACUAUAGGUGAUUUCGAUGGUAAUUGUCUUUCCUUCCUCACUGGCGACGGCAACUGGAAGUACGACUCGUGCCACAACGAGAGAGGUUACGUCUGCAAGAGAGGAAAUGGUGAGAGGCAACGCCCCACCGACUGUCGUUGCCCCUUGACGUCUGUCUGUGCCUUGAUGUCUCUUUUCCUUUCCUCUUGCAGUAAAGGCUACGCCGGCUCCUGAGUCCAGCAAGUGUGCUCACGGGUGGCUCGAGCACGAGUCCAGCUGCUACAAGAAGGAGAUGAUUCCCAACGGUUGGCUGGGGGCCUGGCACCACUGCGUCUGGGUGGGCGGCAACCUGCUCUCCAUCACCUCCUCGGCCGAGGAGGACUUUGUGAAGCGCACCAUGGGCGAGGACACCCCCUUCUGGCUGGGACUCUCCAACCAGAAAUGUGGCAAGGUCUGGUGUCGCUUUGAAGACGGGAGCCAGAACCUGACCUGGUCCGAUAACCAGAUGACGACAUACACCAACUGGGCCUCAAAUCAAGUCGAAAGUGGCGACGUUGCGUCCUGCGCCUACGUCAACCAAGGGGGAAGUGGUGAGCCCGGCAAGUGGAGGUCUGGCUCCUGUCGUUCCUCGUUGGCCUACAUGUGCAAACGGCCGCUGAGCUGCCCGAAGGGACAGACGUGUUCCCCCAAAAGGGGUCCUGCUGUAGUGAAGACCUCCGACUGCCAGGACAACACCUUCCACUAUGGCGAUUAUUGUUAUCGUUACGAGAAGACGGAAAAAAACUUUGACAAUGCCGAGAAGUUCUGCCGUUCCCGGCAAGGCCACCUGGCUAGCGUCCACUCCAAGGAAGAGGCCCAAUUUGUGCAUGAUCACUCGCAAGCCUCGCAAUCUGUUUUCGUGGGACUCAAGAAGGAGGACGACGACCACAACUGGAGUGAUGGAACAACUUAUGACUACGACAACUGGAAAGAUGACGCCAAGGGUGACUGCGCAUUCCCAAAUUCUGUUGGGGAGUUGAGUGCCAGCUCCUGCGCAACGGAGCGGCCAUUUGUCUGCAAAAGAGCCCAGCACGGAGGGCUUCCACAGCUGCCAUCACUAGUCGGCCAACCGAGAUGGACUGACACAUGCGGCUGGUGGUUGAACGACCCAACCAACAACUUCUGCUACCUGAUGAUCCGCCAGCCCACCAAGACCUGGCAGCAGGCGCAAGACAACUGCCAACGCCUCCACGGGAACCUGAUCAGCAUCACCAACUAUGAAGAGCAGCGCUUUGUACAUGGUUAUGCUAUGUCUCUGCCCUCUCUGUGGUUGGGCGCCGAUGUCUCCACCACGGAAGAUGACGCCCAAUGGAGUGACGGAUCCCCGUUCACUUACAUCCACUCGAGUGCCGAUGACGCCGAAGGUGGGAAGUGUCUUUCCUUAAUCACUGACAGUGGCGACUGGAAGCACAACACGUGCGACGAGAAGAGAAGCUACGUCUGCAAGAAGACAAAAAAAGGAGUGGCAGAACCUUCGCUGUCUUCUGACACCAGCAGGUGUGCUCCCGGGUGGCUCGAGCACGGCACCAAUUGCUACAAGAAGGAGAUGGAGCCCAACGGUUGGCUGGGGGCCUGGCACCACUGCGUCUGGCAGGGCGGCGACCUGCUCUCCGUCACCACCUCGGCCGAGGAGGAUUUUGUGAAGGACACCAUGGGCAAGGACACCCGCUUCUGGCUGGGACUCUCCAACCAGAAAUGCGACGAGUUCUGGUGUCGCUUUGAAGGCGGGAGCCAGAAUCUGACCUGGUCCGAUGGCGAGACAACGACACACCGCAACUGGGCCUCAAAUCAACUCGAAAGCGCCAACGUUGCGUCCUGCGCCUACGUCAACCAAGGGGGAAGGGGUGAGCCCGGCAUGUGGAGGUCUGGCUCCUGUGAUUCCUCGUUGGCCUACAUGUGCAAACGGCCGCUGAGCUGCCCGAAGGGACAGACAUGUUCCCCCAAAAGUGGUCUUGCUGUCGUGAAGACUUCCACCUGCGCCAAUGGCAACCUACUGUAUGGCGAUCAUUGCUACUUUUACUCGAAGCUGUACAAAGAUUGGGAGGAUGCCGAGAAGUUCUGUGUUGCCCAGAGUGGCCACCUGGCUAGCGUCCACUCAUGGCAAGAGGCUCAAUUCGUGUUUGAUCACUCGCAAAGCGUUUGGUAUUCUUGGCUGGGACUGAAGAAGAAAAGCAACAACUAUGAGUAUAGUGACGGAACAGCUUUUGACUAUGCCGACUGGCAAAAUGACACCACGGGGGACUGCGCAUUUCCAAAUCCUGUUGGGAAGAUCGACGGCAGCCCCUGCACAACAAAGCGGCCAUUUGUCUGCAAAACAGCCAAACGUGGAGGGCCUCAACAGCUGCCACCAUUAGUCAGCCAACAAGGCUGGACUGACAAAUGCGGCUGGUGGCUGGACGACCCCACCAACGACUUCUGCUACCUGAUGAUCCGCCAGCCCACCAAGACCUGGCAGGAUGCACAAGACAACUGCCAACGCCUCCACGGGAACCUGCUCAGCAUCACCAACUAUGAUGAGCAGCGCUUUGUACAUGGUUAUGUCAGGUUUCUGCCCUCUCUGUGGUUGGGCGCCAAUGUCUCCACCACGGAAGAUGACGCCCAAUGGACUGACGGAUCCCCGUUCACUUACAUCCACUCGAGUGCAGGUGACGCCGAAGGGGGGAAGUGUCUUUCCUUGUUCACUGACAGGGGCGACUGGAAGCACGACACGUGCGACAAGAAGAGAAGCUACGUCUGCAAGAAGAUGAAAAAAGGAGUGGCAGAACCUUCGCUGUCUUCUGACGCCAGCAGGUGUGCUCCCGGGUGGCUCGACCACGGCACCAACUGCUACAAGAAGGAGAUGGAGCCCAACGGUUGGCUGGGGGCCUGGCACCACUGCGUCUGGCAGGGCGGCGACCUGCUCUCCAUCACCACCUCGGCCGAGGAGGAUUUUGUGAAGGACACCAUGGGCAAGGACACCCGCUUCUGGCUGGGACUCUCCAACCAGAAAUGCGACGAGUUCUGGUGUCGCUUUGAAGGCGGGAGCCAGAAGUUGACCUGGUCCGAUGGCCAGACAACAACACACCGCAACUGGGGCUCAAAUCAACUCGAAAGCGCCAACGUUGCGUCCUGCGCCUACGUCAACCAAGGGGGAAGGGGUGAGCCCGGCAUGUGGAGGUCUGGCUCCUGUGAUUCCUCGUUGGCCUACAUGUGCAAACGGCCGCUGAGCUGCCCGAAGGGACAGACGUGUUCCCCCAAAAGUGGUCUUGCUGUCAUGAAGACUUCCACCUGCGCCAAUGGCAACCUACUGUAUGGCGAUCAUUGCUACUUUUAUUCGAAGCUGUACAAAGAUUGGGAGGAUGCCGAGAAGUUCUGUGUUGCCCAGAGUGGCCACCUGGCUAGCGUCCACUCACGGCAAGAGGCUCAAUUCGUGUUUGAUCACUCGCAAAGCGUUUGGUAUUCUUGGCUGGGACUGAAGAAGAAAAGCAACAACUAUGAGUAUAGUGACGGAACAGCUUUUGACUAUGCCGAGUGGCAAAAUGACACCACGGGGGACUGCGCAUUCCCAAAUUCUGUUGGGCAGAUCGGCGGCAGCCCCUGCACAACGAAGCGGCCAUUUGUCUGCAAAACAGCCAAGCGUGGAGGGCCUCGACAGCUGCCACCAUUAGUCAACCAACAGGGCUGGACUGACAAAUGCGGCUGGUGGCCGGACGACCCCACCAACGACUUCUGCUACCUGGUGAUCCCCCAGCCCUCCAAGACCUGGCAGGAGGCACAAGCCGACUGCAAAGGCCGCCAAGGGAACCUGCUCAGCAUCGCCGACUCGCUCGAGCAGCGCUUCGUACGCGGUAUCGCCAGGCUUCUGGGGAUGAAUGAUGAUGCCUCACUGUGGUUGGGCGCCGACGCCUCCAUCAAGCGUGACGGCGACAUGUGGACUGACGGAUCCCCCUUCUCUUACCUCCACUCGAGUGCAGGUGUCGCUGAAGGGGGGAAAUGCCUUUCCUUGCUCACUGGCAGCGACGACUGGAAGCGUGACAAGUGCGACGAGAAGAGAGGCUACGUCUGCAAGAAAAGAGGAAAGACAGAUCAGCUGCCGCCACAUGACGGCUACAAGGAGAAACUUCUCUGCCAAGACGAUUGGAAAUCCCUUGGAUGUCCCGAUGAAAGAGUCAUUCGCAUACGGUCGGCUUUCCAUGGACGGAGGCGUAGCGACGUCUGUCCGAGUGGCGGCGGAUCACGCGAUGACUGCAGGGUGGAAGGGGCUCUCCGGCACUUUAGAGGAUUGUGUGACAACUAUCAGAUUUGCCCCAUUUACCCCACUUACCUGACGGAUACGGACUCCUGCCCUGGUGUCUCCAAAUACCUCCACGUCGUCUACAGCUGCGAGAAGAAAGUGUGUCUUGAUAGUCUGGGCAUCGCUGACGGGAGAAUCCCAGACUCUUCUUUUUCAGCCUCUUCCUCUGCGAUCAAUGCCGAACCUCACAAAGCGCGUCAGGGGGGCAGUGGUUGCUGGAGCCCCUCCGAAACGUUCGGCAGCUGGAUCCAGGUGAACCUCGGGCAGAACUUCAAGGUGACAGGCAUCGAGACCCAGAGCUGUACAUACAAAUUGCAAAGUUCCAACAGAUUUGCGAUGCUGUUCAGUACUGACGGAGUGACUUGGCAUCGCCACCCAGUACAGCCUACCUUGGGGACGUAUAUUGCAACCAGGCCCGUGUUCGCCCAGUACGUCCGCCUCCUGCCAAUGUUUUUGGGCCUACGCUUUGACGUCUUAGGGUGCACGUCUGACGACACCCCUCGCAACAUCUUAUGCAACAACACAGCCACCGACCUCAGCCUCGACGGUUCAAUGACGGUCCGGUGCCCACUGGGCUGCGGCCAAGCUGACUACACGGUCUACGGAACACGGAUCUACGAACAAGACUCAAACAUCUGUGCGGCUGCUAUUCACUCGGGCAUCAUUGAGAUUGGAGGAGAUGUGACUUUGCUGAAGAGCCAGCCACAGAAAGCCUACAAAGGCUCCACCUGUAACGGAAUCACUUCAACAGUAUAUGUUGGCAAAUUGGCUACGUCUCCGUCCUUCACUUUUGCUGACAUGGAGCCGAGAUGCUCGGGACCUGACUGGGAGGAGUUUGGGGACUUCUGCUACAAACAUUUUGACACUAAGAAGUCGUGGUACGGCGCUCGACACUCUUGCUGGGGUCUCGAUGCCAAUCUGGUGUCCAUUCGCUCUGAGGCUGAGCGGGAUUGGCUGCAGGACCUCAUGAAGCUUGCCCCUGGAGACACGUGGACCGGAUUGAACGACCUGGUCAAUCGCGGCAGAUUCGUGUGGUCGGACCGCCAGAAGGUGCCGUCCUUCACCAACUGGGCUCCUCCGGGAAAACCUACCAGCGUGAUGGAGAAUUGCGUGGCCACCUUGAGCCAGUCAGGCAAAUGGAAGAAGAUGUCCUGCAUGAAAUUAAACGGCUACGUGUGUAAGAUGCCCACAGCGCGUUACGCGCUGGAUAUAAAAGGCGCCAAUGGAAGUUGUGAGUAAUCAUAUGAAUGCAAAAUUGACCUUGCAUGAUCAUUCUGCUUGGUUUACCAUGCAUUUUGAUUGACUGAUUGAUUUACCAUGCAUUGUUAUGAUUGAUUAACCAUGCAUGAGUCUUUUUGUUAGAUUUACAGUGUUAUUAUUCUGUUUAAGUUACCAUGCAUUCUUCUUCUUAACAUGUGAUAUUAUGAUUUACCAUGCAUUAUUAUUUUGUUCAGUUUACCAUGCAUUACUAUGAUUGAUUAACCAUGCAUUAGUCUUUUUGUUAGAUUUACCAUGUAUUAUUCUGUUUAAGUUACCAUGCAUUCUUCCUCUUCUUAACAUGCAAUAUUGUGAUUUACCAUAUUAUUUUGUUCAAUUUACCAUGCAUUAUUAUGAUUGAAACCAUGCAGUAGUCUUUUUGUUACUUACCAUUCUGUUUAAGUUACCAUGCAUUCUUCUUCUUCUUGACUUAACAUGUUAUAUUAUGAUUUACCAUGCAAUAUUGUUUUGUUCAAUUCAGCAUGCAUUAUUAUGAUUGAUUAACCACGUCUUUUUGUUAGAUUUACCAUGUGUUAUUAUUCUGUUUAAGUUACCAUGCAUUCUUCGUCUUAACAUGUGAUAUUAUGAUUUACCAUGCAUUAUUAUUUUGUUCAAUUUACCAUGUUAUUAUUCUCUUAGAUUUACCAUGCAUUUCCAUAAUUGAUUUCUUAUAUUUCAUUUACUUAUUGUUAAAUUUACCAUGCAUUAUUAUUCCAUCUGUUGUUUUACCAUGUUUAUUUGACCCAAAAAAAUAAUAAACUAAUAAAGACAA